CCUUGAUAUUUUCCGCUGGCACUAACGUCUUUUCAUUGGCCACCGGGUAGCGCGGUCGAUGCGAAAAAUAAAGACACACCUACCUAUUGACUUGCCAACACCUGGCGUGGAGGGAUACCGGGCGGCAACUCCAUGGCAGGCCACAACACCAGCAUUUACAAAGGAUCAAUCAAUGAUCUGUCAGGACGCCUGUAGACCCAAAGGGUUUAAAUUCUUGAACAAGAAGGCUCCUACGUCGAAGGACUACCUACAAAUCGACGCUAACGCUGACCUGGCAGCGCAUUUUGUCCAGGACGUCUACGAUCUAGUGCCAAAGACGAGUGGACGCCGGAGCUCCAAAAGUUUGACGCGUCCUCUCGUCGGAGGUGUUGAAACAAGUGUGUUCAUGGGUCGGGAGGUAGACAAGCUGUCCUUCCGGAAGCCCAACCAGCUUGCCCUCUACAUCAAGCCGCACGCCGAGGAACAGAAAAAAGAGGUGAAGAUGAUGCUCGACAAGGAGGUGUGCGGACCAGACGCCGAGCUUUACUUGCGCUUGUCGAGCACAUGCCCCCUGUACUACAUGCGUUGGACGCAAGAAAUAGAGGAGGCGAACAUCGAGUUCGUAUCUAAGGUUCCGCAGACUGGUGGUCGUGCAGAAAUUCUCGGUCCCUUCACGCAAGCUGACGGCAAGCCCUUCACAACUCCCGUGACGGGUAGAGUAUGUCGACCUCGGUCCAAGAUAGAUCCGAGAUCACCAUUCAGCGUCCUCCCGGGGCUGGUUGUAGUGCGUUCCCAAGGCUUUGAAGUGCAUGAUUCGGAGUCGGAUUCCUCACCCACGACCGGUCGCAAGCGAACCAAACCCUAG